AAAUGUUUUUAAAUUUUUUAUUACUGGCUAUAAGUUUUGCCUUUGUGUUGGCCAUAACGGAUCAGGACAUACAUUUAAGGAGUUAUAGUGAUGGAAACAAUCGUAUGAUGGGAAAUAUAGCAACUGGUAAAUACACUCCAGCCGAAGAAAAAGAUCCAGAAUUUUGGCGUUCUUUGGCUCAAAGAGAGCUAGCCAAGCGUUUGGGUAGUGUGCCGAAUUAUAACAGGGCUAAAAAUAUUAUAUUCUUUUUGGGUGAUGGCAUGUCCAUAUCAACAGUGACAGCAUCACGCAUAAGGAAAGGCCAGUUGAAGGGCAAGACCGGAGAAGAGGAUGCUCUGAGUUUUGAAAAGUUUCCUUGGACUGGUUUAAGUAAGACCUACUGUUCUAACUCUCAAGUGGCUGAUUCUGCCUGUACUUCAACCGCCUACUUGUGCGGUGUCAAGGCCAACAUCAUGACAAUUGGUGUGUCAGCCAAUGUAGAGUACAAUAAUUGUUCGAUGAGCAUGGACCCUAAAAAUCAUGUCAGUUCUCUGGCGGAUUGGGCCCAGAAAGCUGGUAAAUCCACAGGAUUUGUAACCACCACCACUUUAACCCAUGCCAGUCCCUCGGGUAUGUAUGCCCACACCGCUAAUCGCUACUGGGAAAGUGAUGCUGAUGUUUUGGCAGCCCAACAGGAUCCCGCUACCUGCAUGGACAUGGCUCAACAGCUAAUAACACAAUCCCCUGGACGUAAUUUAGAUGUCAUGAUGGGUGGUGGUAUGGGCAAAUUUAUACCAAAUAAAAUUAAGGAUGCUCAUGGUAAAAAGGGAGAACGUAAAGAUGGUCAGAAUUUAUUGACCCUAUGGAAAAAACUAAAUCCCAAAGGAGCUUUAGUAACCAAUCGUAAACAAUUAUUAAAUUUGAAUGUAAACAAAGUGGAUAAAAUCAUAGGAACAUUUGGCUCAACAGUAAUGGAUUUUCAUGCCCAUGCCGAUAAUACCAAACAACCCCGAUUGGUGGAAAUGACAGAGGUGGCUCUCAAGUUCCUAAAACAAAAGAAUAAUAAUGGCUAUGUGAUUUUCAUCGAAGGCGGCUUAAUAGAUUAUGGCAAUCAUUUCAAUAAACCUGGUCUGAGUACUGAUGAAACUUUGGAAUUUGAAAAGGCCAUAGAAUUGGCUGUUAAUAUAACCGAUCCCAAUGAAACUUUAAUUGUGGUAACAUCCGAUCAUGCUCAUCCUUUGAGUAUUGCUGGGUAUCCGGGUCGAGGUACCCCUAUUUUGGGAGUCAAUCAGCAUGAUGUUGAUAGUAAUGGCAGGAAAUAUGCCACCUUAAAUUAUGCUGUGGGACCGGAGCAAUAUUUGGAUGGAGAGGGUAAAUCUUUGGAUUUGGAGGGCUUAAUUGAGGGUAUAGAUUCUACUCAUCCUAGCCAAAUACCUGGCAGUAUAGGUGUUCAUGGUGGCGAUGAUGUGGGUAUUUUUGCCUUAGGUCCUUUUUCUCAUUUAUUUAGUGGGGUUUUGCAACAAAAUUCCAUACCACAUUUAAUGGCUUUUGCUGCUGGCAUUGGUGUCUAACAAAUGUGAUUUUAUUAAUGUAU